GAGAAGAAGAAGAACCGGGACGUGUUCGUCAGCGCUGGAUGUUCCGGUUGUUUACAACCAGGAAACCUGUCAGUUUGUGAACCGGGACUCCGUGAACCUGCAGCGGUAAACAUGGCGGCGGUGGACGUGGAGGAUGAGAGCAUCCUGGCGUCCAUCUUUAAGGACAGCUUCCCGGACAGCUGGAGGGACAACCCGGACUUCGCGGCCUACCUGUCGGAGCUCAGCUCUUUCGGGGUGGAGAAGCUGGGCCGGGAGCCGGAGAGGCUGGCGGAGGAGCGGGCUCAGAUCCUGCAGCAGACCCGGGAGCUGGCCUUCUCCAACUACCAGACCUUCAUCCGCACCGCCGACUGCACCGAGCACAUCUACCGGGACUUCGGCCGGGUGGAGAGCAGCGUGUCCCGGCUGCUGGAGAAGCUGCCCCGCUUCGGAGAGAAUUGCAGGCACUUCAUGAAAGAGGCGGAGGAGAUCGGAGCAAGCCGCCGGAUGAACAGCCUCACUCUGAACCGCCACACGGAGAUCCUGGAGAUUCUGGAGAUUCCUCAGCUCAUGGACACCUGCGUCCGCAACGGCUACUACGAAGAGGCUCUGGAGCUGGCGGCAUACGUGAAGAGGCUGGAGAAGAAACACUCGUCGCUGCCCGUCAUCCAGGGUAUCGUGCGUGAAGUGCGUCAGUCGGCUCAGCUGAUGCUCAACCAGCUGUUGCAGCAGCUCCGCAGCAACUCCCAGCUACCCGUGUGCCUCCGCGUCAUCGGUUACCUGCGGCGUAUGGACGUGUUCACGGAGGCGGAGCUGCGGGUGAAGUUCCUGCAGGCUCGCAGCACUUGGCUGCACUCCAUCCUCGCCGCCAUCCCUGAAAACGAUGCUUACUUUCACAUCACCAAGACCAUCGAGGCCUGCAGGGUGCACCUGUUUGACAUCAUCACCCAGUACAGAGCCAUCUUCUCUGACGAGGACCCGCUAGUGCCCCCCGCCGGUGGGCUCAUGGCUGUGAACGAGGGCGCCAUCUUCCACGGCUGGGUGGUGCACAAGGUGGCGGAGUUCCUGGAGACCUUAGAGAGGGACCUGCAGCGGGGUGUGGGCAGCCGCCUGGACUCCCUGCUGGGUCAGUGCAUGUACUUCGGUUUGUCCUUCAGCAGGGUGGGGGCGGACUUCCGCGGGCAGCUGGCGCCCAUGUUCCAGCGGGUGGCGGUGGACACGUUCCGCGGAGCCGUGAAGGAGGCGGUGGAAAAGUUCCAGGAGGACAUGAACCUGUACACCCUCAUCGCCCUGCCCUCAGUGCUGGCAGGGACCAUCCCCGUCGUAGCCCCCGCCCCGCAGCCCGGCACCCUGCAGCCCCCAAUGUCCCUGCUGGACUUCCAGCCGCUCGCCUGCUUUCUCAACAACAUCCUGACGGCCUUCAACGACCUCCGCCUCUGCUGCCCCAUCGGAGUGGUGGAGAAUGUCACCAAAUGCCUGGAGGAAGCCCUGAAGAUGGUGACCCGUCAGAUUCUGGUGUUUCACCGGGCGGAGGAGACGGCCUUCAGCAGCCGGGAGAAGGAGCUGUUUAUUCAGUUCUGCUGUGCGUACGCUGAAGACCUGCUGCCCUUCCUGAACCGCUGCCUGCAGGUCCUGUUUCCACCGGCUCAGCUCGCUCUCAUCCUGGGUGUUCCUCCCACCCAGCUGCAUAAGUACGGCCAUCUGGGCUCCAUCGACCUCGCCGCAGUCCUCGAGCCUCUGGACUUCCUGCUUCCUCAGAAGGAGCCGCCGGUGCCAGAGGUCGACAUUACGGCUGAAUUGAGCAGCCUGACGUUUGACAUAGAGCCCAAAGAACCGGCAGCAGAUCCAGACUCGGCGCCGACCCCAUCCGACGUCAGAGACUCAAAACCCGGAGCUGAACUGACAAAGACGGAGUUUGAAGAGCCGAAGCAGGACGAGGAGUGAAGGCGAGGAAACGCUGGCUCUGUAAACUGUAUCCUGUGACGGACAUCUGUCAAAACUGAAGCAUUAAAAUAUUUUUAUAUAUGUGAGAAAAAGGCUUUAAUGGUGACAUUUCUUCUCUUAUUUAAAGGUUUACUCACUAAUGUAGAAGGAAAAUAAGCAAAUAGUUUAGUUUGCUUCUUUUUCCAUCGAUGAUGGAGUCCACCUGAUUUUAACUCUGCUCUCGGAGAUCUUCAGCUCGUUCUCGUCCUCUAAGAAGGAAAAACUGAAUGUUUGUGUUUUCCUGGUAACGUGUCAGAAAUGUGAGAAAACCAAAAGUUUGGUUUAUUAUAGGAAAGUCCUGAAGGGCAGAAACUGACUCUGCAUUUUCAUCCAGCGUCGGCCUCAUCUCUGAGCUUUUUCUGCUGAGGCAGCUGGGAGUUGUAGUCCGUCAGCUGGGAGUUGUAGUCCGUCAGCUGGGAGUUGUAGUCCGUCAGCUGGGAGUUGUAGUCCGUCAGCUGUGUCUGAUUUACAUGGUGGGUUUGUUAAACUGUCUGGACACUUAAAUCUUUCACUUUGAUUCAAAGAUUCAUUGGAAAUCAAUAAAGAUCAAUUAUAUUGA